AUGAAGGAAGCUAUCGUCAACCCAGACAUCACCGUCGACAUCAAGGACUCGCCCGUUCCGGAGCCGGGACCGGGUGAACUCCUCAUCAAGGUCAUUGUUUCAGGCACCAACCCGAAGGACUGGAAGCUUCCCGCCUGGGUCGGCACUUCCCACAACUCAGGCGAUGACGUCGCGGGCGUAAUCGAGAAGGUCGGCUCCGAAGUUUACGAAUUCGCAAAGGGCGACCGCGUCGCCGGCUUCCACGUAAUGCGCACCGAGCACGGCAGCUUCGCGGAGUAUGCCAUUGUCCCGGCCUUCGCUGCCUUCCACGUGCCCAAGAGCAUCACCUUCGAGGAGGCUGCGACGGUGCCAUUGGCCGCGUACACGGCCGCGACCGCGCUGUUCCACUCGCUUGAGGUGCCUUCGCCCUGGGAUCGCAGCCGUGAGAAGAAGAGCCCUCUCAUCAUCUACGGCGUCAGCUCUGCCAUAGGAGCUUUCGGUGUGAAGCUUGCCAAGAAGGCUGGGGUGCACCCGCUCAUUGCCGUGGGCAGCAAGAACAGCAAAUUUGUGACCGGGCUACUUGAUGAGGGGGCGGGUGAUGUGUUCUUGGACUACACCCAAUUUGAGAGCCAGGAUAAGUUGGCGGAGAAGUUGAAGGAAGUUAUUGAGAAGACGGGAGUAAGAUGCUACAAGGCUUUCGAUUGCGUGAGCGAGAAUGGCUCCUUUGAGAUGCUCGGAAAGGCUAUCCAGGGACCCCCAGAGGAGGGUACCGGAUUCAAGCCGAGGGUCACUACGGUUUUGCCAGGAAGGGACUACGGUGCGAUCGACAAGAGCGUUGAGGUUGUUGUCACGAGCGUCGGACAUGUGCAUGAAGAGGAAGGCCAGGGGCGGCUGUUCGGCUUGAUUUGGGCGAGGGUGUUUGCUGAAGGGUUGAGGUCUGGUUGGAUGAGGGCGCACCCGUAUGAGGUUGUCAACGGACUCGAAGGAAUUGCAGGGGCGUUGAAGGGCCUGAAGGAGGGAACGGUCAGGGCAAAGAAGAUGGUCAUUCGCAUCGCGGAUGGCAACUAA